CCUAACUCUGAUAGGUAAUAAGAUCAACACGCUUUAAAUUUUCACGUAUGAGUUUGAAAAUCAAAAAGCACCGUUUUCGCGAUAUAUUUAAUUUUGCAUGAGUAGUUUACGAUCAGUACUGACUGAUUCAUGUCGGCAACAUAACCUCAAAUAUCAUACACUUGAGUGCUUCUUCCUUCCUUCCCUUGAAAAAUAUUUAUAAUGAAAAGGUGUCAAUCCCCUUAAGCCCUAUAAUCCGAGAUUACCAAAAGAAAACAAAUCAAUACAGUUUGGUUUUUGCGUAUGCGCAGGCGCGCCAUGGUACUGGACAAAACAUCAAUUUGACACAAGAAUCGGUGUAAAUUCAGAUCUAAAUAGAAUCAUUAAAAAUAGAAUUGUCCCAACCUCUGCGUUUCUAAUUAAAAUGUGUAGAAGCGUCGCUAUUAAAUCGCCCAAAUUUACAAAAUGUACGUACGUCAAGUUUUCUAAUACGUAAAUUGACUUCACCACUAUUUUUAAAUAUCAAAAACUAGUCUCUUUAAAUCGAAAUAAUGGGCUCGCCGUCGAUUCAAGCUUUACUAGUCACAGCAAACGUGGGAUCGAUUUUUGAAGACCCUUCAGAAAUGCUCAAGAUUUGGACCGAAGAAUUCCUUUCAACCGUCGCUCGAUUAGAUCCGAAAUUCAUCGCUUUACACUGUCAGGAAGUCGGCGGGAAGAACUACGAAAACAGCAUGAAACAUGUUGAGCAUUUUGUCAAGUUACUCAUGUCUAGUAAUGAAUUGAGGCUCUUUGAUAAAAUUAGGGUGUUUUUGGACGAAGAUUACAGCUCAGCUGAAAAUUUUACCGCUUUGGGUAAUCUCUACUUUAUUCACGAAUCAAUUGAAAAUGUACAAAUUUGGGAUUUUAACGACACGAAAUUUACGCCAGUUCAUGGUGAAGAAAUCUACUCAGGUAACAUCGAGGCUGUGGUGUUUAAAGAAAAAGCAAAGUUCCCGCAGGACUUUUUCCCUGAGUGUAAAUGGUCCAGAAAAGGUUUUAUGCGGACCCGCUGGUCUCUCAACGGAUCCGUUUUGGAUUUAAUUAAUAUUCAUUUAUUUCAUGACGCGUCAAAUUUUAUUGCCAUGGAGUCUUAUCCUUCCGUGUAUUGCAAGAAUCGUCGUCGAGCCCUCGAACACACUUUGCAAAGAUUUCAUAACGAUCGGUACGGAAAAGCGCCGUAUUUCGUUUUUGGGGAUUUUAAUUUUAGGACGGAUACCGAAAGCGUUAUUAAAAAACUGACGGAAGGGCUGACCACCACCAGACUACAAAAUAACAAAAAUAAUGAUCACACAAAACUCCAGUUCGCUAACGAGGAGAGCGAAUUAGUUCUUACAGUUGGGAAAAAAGAAUUCAACCAUUUGGACCACCAGAAGGUGUUUCUGACGCCGUCACCCACAUGGUUAAAAAGUUUUGACAAGGAGCUGGAAGCCUUUGACAAAUACCUCACAGAAUAUUCAAUUUCCUUCCCUCCAUCGUACCCCUUUGAGGAAAAAAUUUCUCACGCAAGAAGCUACAUGCAGACAAGAUGUCCAGCGUGGUGCGAUCGAGUUUUAUUAAGUCACACUGCCAAACAGUUGGUGAAUGAAGAGGAGAGAGUGGAGUAUGGGCUCAUGGGUUUGGAUACCUGCAUGGGGGAUCAUAAGCCGGUUUACCUCCGUCUGGAGCUGAAACCCAACACAGGUACGCUAAAAUGUUGCGAGCACGCACGUUACGAAUGCUUGCCUGCUACUUGCCAGUGUUGCCAGACUUUCGCUUCCGUAACCAUAAAAGUAGUAGAUAUGAGCGAUUAUAGCCGAAGCAGUUACACGAACGUGGCGAUCGAUUCAAAAUUGCUACACGAGCCGAUCACGAGGGAGAUGCUCUCGCACGAACCGUACACACCGGAAAGUGCCGAGUCGCGUUCGCCGGCGCCGGACAGAACCGAACCGAAGAACGAGUCGGUUUCGGCGGCUCAGCUCAAGAGCCGCCUGGAGUACAUUCUGAGUCUCGAACGGAAGUUCCCGAUGACGAGGUCGGUGUCGGCGAACGUGGACGUGAGAGCAUCGAACGAGAAUUUUUUUCGGAGUCGGGCCAUGUCCGAGGUGCCGAAAAUCAAGAAGAUGAGGCUGAUUGCGACGGACAGCGGAGGGUCGAUACACAGGCUGCAGAGCCACCACAGUUCUUCGGACGAGGAGUGGUACGAGUAUGAGGAUGAAAGUAAGAGCCUGGCCUUAAGUGCGACGAAUAGUGUAAAAAUAAAGGACACUAAAGUGACGAAAGUUCAAGAUAAAGUGGAUCCAUGCACGAGGUACAUUUACAUUCAAAACAUUGAUAAUCCCGUCAAGAUAUUUAGGGAAACCGCCGUUUAAAAAUAAGGAAAACGCAAAAAAAAGAAGUGGUAAAGAUGAGCUGCGACCAAAGUGUGCGAUUUCUACGUUUGUGCGUGGCGGUAAUCUCCGUUCGUGGGCUCAUCUACACUUGUACCUCCCACUAGCGCUGCACGCAACAGCCACCAUUUCCGUACUAGUUAAGAAUAAGUAUAUGCCAAAACUUGCCAAUAUGUACGUAUUUGGGUAUUUUAAAAGACAUCAUCGUCACCUCAUUAAGGGUACUUCACAGGUGUUUUCGAAAUUCUUACGUUUACGUUAUGUUAAUGGCUGUGUCGGUAAACUGAAUCUGUAUUUCCCCUAUGUAAGAGAGUAUAUAUUUUUGGGUAGUCGACUCAGUUUUUAGUAAAUGUGUGCAAAUCGGUGUGAAAAAUUGUAUGUUGUAAUGUUGGCCGAUUUAUGUACUUAUAUUAAUACAAAGCCCUUAAAACAAAAAAAAAAAAACAUUAAAUGUACUAGUCACGAAUACUUAAAAAAAGAUUUAUUUAAUUUUUUUGUUUACAAAUCACAUUUUUUUUAUACAUAGUUAUAUAUAAGUAUAAAAUUUUGGACAAAUUGGAACCAAAUAUUUAACCUGUAACAGUUGAAGAAAUAUGCUAAUGCAUAAACGUAGGCAUAUUUUCAUUUUUAGUCAGUCAUUAUAGUCAUUUUUCAACGUUCAUUAUGUGUUACAUACGUAUGUUUUUCUUAAAUUAAUGUUGUAAAUUGUUGUAACAUUAUAAACAAAAAAAAAUAUAAACAUUUGAAUGGUU